GUACGGCUUCGGGGAGUUAACGCAGGCGACGGCAACGUGGCUUCAGACAACCCAGCUGGAGCACGUGCUCACAAGUCCCUUCAUCGGCAUCUCCCUCGACGAGAGCACGGAUCGGUGCAGUGGGAAACACAUGAUACUGUACGUGACUUUCAUCCGCGACAGCAAAGUAGCAACGGAGUUCAUGACCCUCAUCACCGUGGACAAGGGGGACGCUGCCACACUGGUCGGUCUCCUAGUUUCGCACCUGCAGGCAGUCGGCAUCGACCUGAGGCGGAUAUCCGGCAUCAGCACUGACGGUGCCAACGUCAUGAUGGGUAGCAAGUCGGGCUUGGUGACACGCCUCCGCCUGCGCAUCCCCCAUUUGGUGUCUUCGCACUGCAUUGCGCACAGGGAGGCUCUGGAUGCCAAACAUGCUGCUGAGAACAUCCCCGCCUUCAAUGUCGUCGACAAGGUGAUUCGGACCGUGGCUGAGCACCUCGGCAGGUCAGGGCCGUGGCACCAGAGGUUCAUGGAUCUCCAGAACGUGUUCACCUCAACGAGCCUGGAACUGCAAGGGAUCCAUGCAGUUCGCUGGCUCUCGCGGGGCGAUGCUGUGCUGCGUUUUAUCGCCGUGCUUCCAGGGCUGAUCGUGAUGCUGAAGGAGUGGGAUGCUGACCUGUAUGCUCUGGUGACAAGCUACAGCUUUCAUUUCCUUCUUUUUUUCAUUGCUGACGUCCUUGAGCAGUUGAACAUCUUGAACAGGGCCUUCCAGCACAAAGAG